AGGUCCCACAUGUCCCACAAGUUUGUCCAUUAGUAAACCAAUGAAAAUCAAUGUAUCAUACUUUGUUACUCUUGCAUCACUUCGUACAUGUGUGCCGUUCAAUGAUGCAACUGCGUACUGAAUAGUGAUUUUUUCAGAAUUGUGCAUCUUAUAGAUAAAAAGCGAUGGAGAGGUGAUCAAAAACGUUGAUGUUAGUACCGUUUGUUGUUAAGACAACUUAAUUUGAACAUGGCUGCCAAGUAUGUUGCACAGAUAAUAGUUCUUGGGGCUCAAGUCGUGGGACGUGCCUUCACAAGAGCUCUCCGUCAGGAAAUCCAAGCAAGUCAACAGGCAGCCAAGCGAGCUGGAGGGGGUAAGGAGGGGGCACAGUCGGCAGCCAAGGAUAGCUUGACCGGCAUCACGCUACAGGAAGCCAAGAUGGUCCUCAACGUCACCAAGAUGGACCCUGAACUCAUCAACAAGAACUUUGACCACUUGUUCAAGGUCAACGACAAGAGCAAAGGUGGCUCUUUCUACCUGCAGUCCAAGGUGAUCAGAGCAAAGGAGAGACUCGAUCAGGAGCUGGAUGGAACAGAGAGGAAGGACAUAGGAAGUGGUACCACGCAAGAGAACACAAAAGAUGCCCCGCCCACGUGAUAGGAAACUGCUGGAAAACUUGUACAUUGUAAAUACGACCCUCAGAUGGACUUGCUUCACGGACUUUUGGUUCUUACCUUUUAGAUAUCCAGGAAGUUAUUUGAUCUGGGGAGUUUAAACAUAUUGCAGGUCAGCCGUCUGUGGGAAUGUGUUCUCACCUCAUUGCCACAAUGCAAGACAGUCCUUCACUACAUGAAUGCAACAAGAUUGAUCAAUAUGCACUUGUGAAGUAUGUUAAAAAAUGGUCAGGUAAUGUAAUACAGCCUCCCAGGUUUUUCGUAUUCAUGAAAGAGAAAUCCAAUUCUUGCAGUGGUUGUAUUAAUGAUUUGUCAAAUGCAGCACUUGAAAUUGUGCAUUUCUAAUGAAUCACAAGAACACUGGUUUCAAUAAAAUGUCCUUUAUGCUAUAAAGUAUCAGCUCUAAACGCCGUUGGCAGUGUUGUAAAUGAAAAUAUGCAUGCAACAAAUUGAUCAUCCUGAAUCUUCGUUCCACAGCAAAGUAGCAUGAAACUCUUCAGUGCUGGAUUAGUUUAAGGAUAUUUCAGAACGACAUCCUGCAACGUAUUGCCUUGCUGGUGUAUUAUUGUGCCAACAUACAGGCACUCCACACAGUCUGAUUUACAUGCAGAACUUACACUGUGUUGCAGGGACAGGAUGAACUUUGGCCAACAGUUAUGACAGUUACUUGGUGUAUCCGCAGACCGUAGCAACUUUCCUUGGUGUGUUCACUUGGAAAUCUGCUCAUUGUAAAUCAUUGCUAAUAUACAGAUAUACAUGUGAACGGGAGUGAGGUUUUGAAACUUGUCAGUGAUAGGGUAAAUUUUUAAAGGGGGGUGACAUUUGGAAGCAGGGAAUAACUGCAAAAUGAUGAGUGUAGAAAGUUUUAAUUCAUAUAAGUGAUUUUUGGUUGGUUUGAAAUUGGUAUUUGGAAGAAAACCGAAUGUGGUCUCAUACUUGGUAAGAAAUCGCUUUUAAUUUGAUAACAUUAUAAAUAAUCAAAAUACAAUAUAAAAGGAUUACAAUUUAUGUCAGCAAUAGAGAAGUGUUCCAAGCCUACAUGUAAUUUAAAAAACUUUUGAAUAAAAUAAUUUGAGACCUACAUAUACCUUGAAAAUU